GACCAACUAGAAAACAACACUAAAAAAUCGAUAAAUACUUUUGAAUUUAAAUCAAUCUCAAAUUCUAAGGAAUAAAGUGUAUUACGAAUAUGUUGAAGCGAUUUUGUGCAAGGCCUUCCCUCCUCGGCGCGAUUUUUCUUCGUAGUUAUGCCACACGCAUGUACACUGAUAGCCACGAAUGGGUGGCGCAUGAGGGUGGAGAAGCCACUGUUGGUGUUUCUGACUACGCUCAAGAAAACUUGGGUGAUGUGGUAUACGUGUCCAUGCCCCAAGUAGGUGAUAAGGUUGCAGCAAGAGAGGUCAUCGGCGAGAUUGAAAGCAUCAAAGCAACAAGCAGUGUGUACUCACCGGUGGAUGGGACCGUUUCUGCAGUGAAUGAGACUCUUAUGAACGAACCCGACCUAGUUAAUAAGUCGCCUGAGGAAAAGGGCUGGCUCGUGAAACUGAAGUGCGAUGAAUUACCCGAGGGCCUUAUGAAUAUUGAGGAGUACCAAGCGUUCAUAAAGGAAUAAUUUCUUUCGUUUUGUUCCUAUUGAAAUCGACGUAAGAGUUAUUUUUAACAUAUGCAUAACACGAAAACCUACAUUUGGUAGUUACUAAAAAUUUCCGUUUGGGCAUUUAUAUUGUCAAUUAUUCUUAUUCGAUGAGGUUUAGAUAUUUGAGAUUGGAGGUGGGGGUAAGGAUCCUCUCUCCAUAUACGAAAAUCGCUUAACAUCUCAUUAAAAGUGAAAAGCUAUUUUCCUUUAAAAAAAUGUGAUGGAUUGUUCUGGUAAUUCCACAAUCGUAUAUGCUUCCUCGGCCGAUCGAGGGGGGCAAAAUUCGUUUUUUCGUAUAUUAUCGGAAUAAUCAGUAUAAGUGGGGUGUAUGCAUUAGUUGAUAUCCUCAAAACGAUAAAAUUAUCGAGCCUGACGUGGAGUGAUUUAUGCCCAAA